CCAGCAUCCAGUGUCACGCAUGCGCAAUGUGGUUACUUCUGAUUAGACGCCAGCUAGCUAAACGGUUUAAACGAACACGAAUUGUACGAUGAUAGCUGCAUCAAUGGCUGCAUCCCAUAAAUUUGAUGAUGGACAGAGAAAUCCCACCAAAUGUUUCCCAGCCCAGACAUUUCUCCGUGGAAGAAAAGAAGGUGCUGGUCAUUGGCUUGUGGCUUACAGAAAGGCAGAGGAGCAGAAAUACAGGAAUCUGCACAGAAGAAUAAACGUGAAUUAUAAAAAAUGUGAGAGCAGCAGGGUGGUUGAUAAUCCUCAUGGUAAUACAUUAGAUGGACCCUUCCUGCUUCAAUUACAUUGUGUUGAUAAGCCAUCCGAGCUGUGCUCAGUUGACAUCAGUGAGCAGAAACUGAACCUUGUGAAGCCAGAGGACCUCAAACUGUUUGACAAUGUCGCUCACAUCGAUGCAUCUGUUAACUCCCUCUCCUUAGGGUCUUUCAGCAGUUUUGUGUCUUUAAGAGAACUCAAUCUGUCUUUAAAUGGGCUCUGCAACAUGACUUUUGAUGCUGCUGACUUCCCUCAUCUUGAGGUUCUGGAUUUGUCCUACAACAGGUUGUCAGCUGAUGAUAUUGUUUCCAUCGGUUGGCUUCCGCAUCUAAAAAUUCUCCAUCUGACUGGAAAUCAGCUUCACCAUCUUCCACCUAAUCUUGGUUCCUCAAACCAUGACCCCACUCAGCUGCCAGCUAAAGAAGAAGACACACACUUUAAAGCUCUUGAGGUCCUGAUGCUUGAUGAUAACAAGUUGUCUUCUGGGGUCUUCAACAGUCUUGCAAACCUUAAGAGGUUGAAACACUUAAACCUGCAGGGGAACCGCAUCUCUGAAGUACCAUAUUUACACUUGACGGGCUGUUCAAACCCUGUGCAGACUUCUAUUGAAGAGCAAACUGAAGAAGAGGGACUUGCCCACCCUGAACCAAACCAUAACCAUGAUGAGAAUUUCAAGAGAGUCUCACAGAUCUCUCACAAGGAACACUUUGAAGAGUACUGCAAAGGAUCCAGUUUGCCUCUGCCAGAGCUUCAGUUCCUCAAUUUAGCUGACAACAAGAUUGCUGAGGAAGAAGCGCUGUUGGCUGUGGUUCUUCUCCCGAUGCUUCAAGAAAUUGAUAUUCAGCGCAACCCUCUGACCACAAAGAGAAGCGGAGACCCUCCCUUACUAACGCAUUACCUCCAAGAGAGACUGGGGAUAACAAUAAAGCGUAAAAAGACAUCAGAAGUUGUAAAGCUCCCACUGAAGGUUUCUACUCAUCUAAAAUGGAAGGUGGAGAAAAGGAUCCAAAAAGUGUCAAAGAAGCCAUUGUUGAUGAAUAAACCUUGUCCUAAAACUCAGGUUGAGGAGUGUGAGGUGACUCUCAAGACAACACCAGCAUCUGAAGGCAAGAAUAAUGAAGACAAAACCCUCAGAGAAAAUGCAGAGCACUUCUUUGUAACUCAGGCAACAGACAUUCCUGACCAUGAGUUUGAUCUUCAAUUGGAUGAGAAAGAAACUGCAGAGAACGAGAAGAGAAACAAGGAUGAUGCUAUUUUUGAAAAAUCCACAUGCUAUGAAAUGUUGAUGGAUGCAAAACCAGAUCCUGAUGUGGUGGAGCCCGUUGGAAUUCAGACAGCUGUUCGAAUGCUGGAACACACACUGAAGAAUCUUAAUGUUUACAGAGACUCAAAACCAAAACUUGAUAGCAUCCAGACACCGUACAAAGAGAAAGAGAAAAGGGUGAAGAAGCUGCCACCUUGGAAACCAAUAAAGCAGCCGACUGAAAGAGUCAAUGAAAUGAUCAAGGAAAUCAAAGAGAGCACGACAAUAAGAGAAGCUUCCUUAAGUGGUGCCAUACACGGCACAUGUGUUAACAAGCAAGAACAUAAGGAGGCUCUACUGCUGCUGAGGGAUAUGAAGACAAAGUACAAGAUGGUCCACAAGAAAACAAUGGAACAAGCAGCCAGCAUCGAGUCUGAUAGAAACACCGAGCAAAGCAGAGCUGAACCUCCACCUGUGCAGAAUUCAAAUGAAAGUGUUGAUGAUGGCGUACAGCUAGUCUGAGUAGUAUCCAGUAGAAAACCAAACCUACAGUAUGUCAGAAAUAAAAAGUUCUUGUUGGUGAA